CGCCGGACGCCGGUCGCUGCGGCCUGGGUAGUGGUCCCGGCCGCGGCCCGUCCCGCGCCAUGAGGUUCCUCGGCUGCUGGCCGACCCUGCUGUGGGUGCUCGGGCUUCCCGCCCGCGGCCUGGAGGUUGCACAGGAAAGUGGUCACCUAUGGCUGAAGGAGCAGCCUGCAUCCCCUCGCCAGAUGGGGGCUGUGUACCUGAGUGAGGAGGAGCCCCCGCACCCCUCAGUGGGCCAGGACAGGACCACGGAAGAGACUGACAUGGUGCUGGGGCUGGACACAGCCAGUGAUCCUGUGGCGAUGCUGUCGGUGAUUCCCGGGGAGGCCGAGGACCAGCUGAGUGAGGAGCCUGGCAGCCAUGGCUCGUGUGGUCCUAGAGGCAAGGAUGGCUCGGGGUGCCAGCCCCAGGAGAGCCCUCUGUCUUUGGACAGAGUGGAAGCCCACUUCUCUGAAAAAGAGGAGGACUACUACAUCGGGCCAGAGGUGGCAGAGCCAGAACCGUCUCCAACAGAGGAUUCUAACAGCACAGAAAGUCUCAAGUCACCCAAGGUCACCUGUGAAGAGAGAAAUGUGACAGGAUUAGAGAAUUUCACUGUGAAAAUUUUAAAUAUGUCCCAGGACCUGAUGGACUUCCUCAACCCCAAUGGCAGUGACUGCACACUGGUUCUGUUCUACACCCCGUGGUGCCGCUUCUCCGCCAGCCUGGCCCCGCACUUCAACUCGCUGCCCCGCGCCUUCCCAGCUCUCCACUUCCUCGCCCUGGAUGCAUCUCAGCACAGCAGCCUUUCUACCAGGUUUGGGACCGUGGCUGUUCCUAACAUCCUGUUAUUUCAAGGAGCAAAACCAAUGGCUAGGUUUAAUCACACUGAUCGGACGCUGGAAACCCUGAAAGUUUUCAUUUUCAAUCAGACAGGUAUAGAAGCCAAGAAAAACGUGGUGGUGACUCUAGCCGACCAAGUAGGACCCCUCCCCAGCACUCUGAUCAAAAGUGUGGACUGGCUACUGGUAUUUUCCUUAUUCUUUCUGAUCAGCUUUAUCAUGUAUGCUACUAUCCGAACUGAGAACAUCCGGUGGCUCAUCCCAGGACAAGAGCCGGAGCACGUGGAGUGAUGGGCACUAAAGGGAGACUGGGGAGGAGGGCCCUCGGCCCUUCAUGUCAGGAACGAGUGGAGCGCUGCCCUUAUCCACACGUGUUCCCCAGGGGCUGGCAGACUCUCCCAGAGAAGAAUCACAUGUUUGUGGAACUCCUCAAUGUGCAGAGAAAGCCACAAACAGGUGUUGGACCAAGUCUCGCAAGAAGCACCAACAGAAUUCUUUGUUCUGUUUUCAGCCACUUGGCUAUAGUCCUGUACCUUGCGAGGCAUCCAUUUGCAGUGGGAAGACAAAUGCUGGUGUACUCGUGGUGACUGGCAUGACGCUCACUGCCCAGGCGUCCCAGGACAGCUUUAGGAAGCACCUGGUUUCCUCAUGUCUGUCUGGGGUGGUCAGUUUCCUGUUGGUUUAGUUUUUUUUUUUCAGUGUGCACAAGCAGGAAAAGUGUUUUGUUCUGGGAGGAGUAACUAGAAUUGAUAGGCAUGACACCACAAGUAAUAACAGCUGAAGGAAAAUAAAACAGUCCAGUGUCUCCAUGUUUGCCAUCUUAUCCCUCACCACUGAGGGAAACCAAAGGUGAUUUUGGUUGGUUCUGGCUGAGGGUGGUGUUAGGUCAUUGUUACUGAAACAAAGGCUCCCUGAGGAUCAGGCUGUGUUAGAGCAUGAACUGUCGCCGAAGCUAUUUCUCCAGUGAGCAUCAGUGGAAUUGUCAGAUGUCCCUGGUGCUGUGCCAGGCUUCAUGAGCUCCUAAAACAAUGUAAAACCCUGUUCUUGCCCACAGGUUGCUUCUAGUCCACUCCAGGACAUAGUCACCCAAGAGCCACAAUGUGCAUCUUGCAAACUUUUUGAGAAGCUGUUUCUGAAAGUCUUUUUAAACUCACAUGCGACAGCUGACUCUAAAGUACCUCUAUACUAUUGCCAUUGUUUGGGAAAGAGAUAAGUAUUUAUAUAGUACCUUAUGCCCUAUGAAGACAGAACCUUAGGUGGGUCUACUGAAAGUUUGCAAUUUUGUAGUUCUGUGUCAUAGAGAACAGCCAUGGCUGGAGUGGUCUCCCUCAGGAGGGGACCAUGGCUGAGAACUGGACCAUAACUGUUUGAUUUACAGAUGAGCAACUGAGACACACAGAAGUUAAAUGGCCCACUCAGGUUACAUAGAUUUAAAUUCAUACAUUUAAAUUCACAUACAUGUACACCUGUAAUUGCAAAUAAAAGGGAGAAAACCCCGAA